AUGACUGAUUACAAAGUAUCAUCUUCGUCCUCAUCGAAACACGGUUCCCAAUCUGGCUCCUCGGCCCAAAGUUCAUUGCUGGUGGCGAAACCGGCAAAUUUACAAUGUAAAGAUUUCCAAGAAUAUCUACGUACACGAAGUCCCGAUACCUUGGAGAAGCUAUACAAUUAUCCCACAAUUUGUUUGGCUGUUUAUCGGGAGCUACCAGAAAUUGCCCGGCAAUUUGUGAUACGUAUAUUGUUUGUGGAGCAGCCAGUGCCACAGGCUGUGGUGGCCUCAUGGGGUUCGCAGUAUUAUGCCAAAGAACAACAAAUGUCCACAAAUAUCCUGACGGAGUUGAAUGUAUGGCGCACCACCACCAUACCUGGUGGUCUCUCGGCCUGGGAAUUGUGUCCGACGUUUAAAAAGAAUUUAAAAAUCGCCUUGCUUGGAGGUGGCAAACCCUGGUCCAUGUCUCACACCUUGGAAAAAGAUUCCAAACCACGUGAUAUUGCCUUUUUGGAUCAGUAUGCCAUGUCCCGAUGGCGUUGUGUGCUCCAUUAUAUGGUGGGCACAGGUGGUGUCAACAAAGGUCCAGGUAGUGAGAUUAGCCCCGAUGCUGUAAGAAUUUUGCUGCAUGCCAAUCUAAUGAAACGUGAUGAAACGGGUAUAACCAUAACGCGACAAGGUUUCCAGUUCCUUUUGUUGGAUACCCAGUCACAGGUGUGGCAUUUUAUGUUAAUGUAUUUGGAUACCUGUGAAGAACGAGGUCUCUCACUGCCGGAAUGUUUGAGUAUGCUGUUUCAAUUGAGUUUCUCCACCUUGGGACGUGAUUACAGCUCGGAGGGUAUGAAUCCGAAAAUGUUGGCUUUCCUGCAACAUUUGCGAGAAUUUGGUUUGGUAUUUCAAAGGAAACGUAAAGAGGGUAGAUUUUACCCAACGCGCUUGGCAUUGAAUGUCACCAACAAGGCAGCCACUGUACCGGCCGUGGUAUUGGAAGAUGAAAAAUCCCAAGAGAGUGGUUACAUUAUUGUCGAAACUAAUUAUCGCGUGUACGCCUAUACAGAUUCACCCCUACAAGUGGCCGUUUUGGGUUUAUUCACGGAGUUACUAUAUCGUUUUCCAAAUUUGGUGGUCGGAGUGUUGACCCGCGACUCUGUACGCCAAGCUUUACGUGGUGGCAUAACAGCAGAUCAAAUAAUCAGCUACUUAGAACAAUAUUCCCAUCCGAAUAUGAAGUUAACAGAAUCGGCAAUUAAAUCCAAAUCUCCCCUACCACCCACAGUUGUUGAUCAAAUUAAGCUAUGGGAAAUGGAACGUAAUCGUUUCACCUAUACCGAGGGUGUAGUCUACAAUCAAUUUUUGUCACAAGCUGAUUUUAUUACCUUGCGCGAUUAUGCCCAAUCGAUUGGGGUAUUGGUGUGGCAAAAUGAGCGUACCCGUACAAUGGUUGUAACGAAAAAUGGCCACGAUGAUGUACGGCGAUUUUGGAAGAAAUUCUCCAAAAAUGCCAGUUGA